CACACACACACACGCACGCGUGUGUGCUCACAAAGGGGAAGGCUCUCUUGUCUUGACAGCCUUCACAAAGCUGGUGGAGGCUUGGACUGAGCAGUCACUUUGUGAGCUGUGACCCAGCCGUGCACAGUUAGCCGUGGGUCAGCUGAGCGAGGGCCCCAGGCAAUUGCUGAGUGACUGGUGGGGCAGAAAGAGGAGGUGACGUGCAGGCAAACAGAGCUUGAAGGUCUUUUGCGGGACUUUUUGAAAGUGAUCUGAAGGUGAAAGAACAUUGGCUGGGUGGCUCCUGUACUUUACUAAGUCAAACUUUUCUCCACCACUACAACUCACAAGGACCUUGUGAAUCCUCUCCUGCCCAGUUGGCACCUGUGACACACUCUGAAAAGCCUAAGGAUGGAAGCCAAUGAAAUUGCAGACUUGGACCAUUCAGAUGCACAGACUGUGUGUGAGGCUCUUGGCCGCUAUGAGGACACCUUAAGGGAUGCAGUGAGGGAGAUCCACAUGGACAUCAACAUUUUCAAAAAGGGAGUGGAGCAGCGUAUUGAAGACACCUUGAGGCUGGUCAGUCCACUGUCCCGCACCGUCUCUGAAUUGCAACAGGAAAACCGGCAACUCCGCAUGCAGCUGGAAGCACUGAUGAGGCAGGUCCAGCUGCUAACAGGGGCUGCAGCUGCAGAGAGAAAUGGUAACACUGGCUCUGCUUCACCGGCAUCUCCACUGUCUCCCACCUCACCAACUUCAGCAUCACUGGCGGCAGCAUCCUCAGGAGGGGCCUCGGCAACACGCUACGCAAGCCGUGCCACCUUUGCCAUCAGCAGCAAGACAAAUAGCAUAGAACGUGAGGAAGCAAAUGAAGCAGAGUCGGAUUCAGUGUCCAGCAUGAGGGUCAUGGCAAAUGGACAUAGCUUCCACCCUGACAAUUCCAGGGCCCAACAAGAUGCAGCUUCUUCAUCAACAUCAACCUCACAGGAACACACACCUUCAAUGGCAACAAGCAAACUACAUUUGCCUGUCUCUGCCACAACCAAGGCUUCUGAGCAAAGUGGGACCAUGAGCAGCCCAGAGUCCCCCAUUUCAGGGAUAAACAGAACCCCAGAGAGAUUCCACGGUGAAACGCCUCCUUUAUCACCACUGGCUAAACCUGAGUACUUGAGUCAAUCAGCAACUGGCUUGAACCAAAAGGAGACUGAAAACAGCAGCCAGUCAGUGAAAGUAUGGGAUCCCAGCCCCAUCAAGACCAUGGGCAUAUCCCGUGUGCCAGAUAAACCAUCCUCUGUGUCAAAGCUCAUGUCCCCCUCCAGCUACUCCCCUUCAGGUACAGACAGGGCUCAGGAUGCUCACCACAAUUUGACAUCAAAAUCUCAGCCAUCUUCAUCCUCUUCCACAUCAUUGCAGCAUCAAGCAGAGAAGAGGCGGGAGUUAGUGCGAUCUCAGACUCUGCCUCGCACCAUGGGAGCUCAGGCACGCAAGGCUAUUUUUGAAAAGUUUGACAUCGACAGUAACAAACCGAAGAGUGGAGAUUUGAAACCAAAACUGAAACGUUCCCAAAGCUUUGGGGUGUCCAGCGCCAGCAGCAUCAAGCAAGUCCUGCUGGAUUGGUGCCGAUCAAAAACAAUUGGCUAUAAGAAAAUCGAUAUUCAGAACUUUUCAUCCAGCUGGAAUGAUGGAAUGGCGUUUUGUGCCCUCGUUCACUCCUUUUUCCCUGAAGAAUUUGACUACGAUGAGCUGGUCCCUGCUAACCGCAAGCAGAACUUUGAAUUGGCCUUCACCAAAGCUGAGGAGCGUGCCAACUGUGAUCGACUGAUUGAAGUGGAAGACAUGCUUGUGAUGGGCCAGAAGCCAGACCCCAUGUGCGUGUUCACCUAUGUGCAGUCCUUGUACAACCACCUCCGCAAAUUUGAGUGAAGCUGGCUUAUGUUUGACGGAUGAGAGCUGCCUUUCAACUGCAAUGAAACCAAAGUGGAAGAAAAAAAAGCAAAACAAACAGGGCAAGAAUCAGUACGUUCACGUCUUACUAAUGUUGGAGCACUGAGACAUAUCUGUAAACACAAAUCAGAAUGCAAGGCCAUUGGAGUCACCAGAGGAUCUGAAAAGUUUCCAAAGCACAGGAGAGGUUCAGAACUCUCAGAGAAGAUCCCACACCCUGCAGGUGUACCACAAAGUCCAGCAUGCAGAUACAGACCAAUAAGUCUCUCAUAAAGUGGCAUGAAGGGGUCAUAUGGUUAUCUUCAAAAAAAUUAUGGAUUUAUCCACCUUGGAUAAUCCACUCAAGGCAGCUUGAAAUAAAAAGUCACCAUUUUAUUUUUACUUUUUGUUCACAGAGUAGAUGAAGUGUUCAUGUUACCUGAAACUAUGAAAAUGCAUUUGUCCUUUACAUUCUGCCUUGUGAAUAUAAAAAAAUGACUGUAAUAUAUGAAUUAUGUCUUGGACAUUUUUACUUGUUCAUCAUAGGCAAAAACCUAAAUGCUGAUCCCUGAGACUACGAGUUGGCGGUAAUGCUUUAAAACAGACUUCUCCAAAUGGCAACAUAUAUUGACAUACUUAGUAAGUGAAUUUCUGCAGUAGAAUUAUAUGCACAAUCCAUUCAUAAUAUUGUGUUUUCACUAAAUGUACUAUUCAUCAUUAACAUUUUUGGAGGAGGCUUCAUGUAAUCAUUUAACACCUGGAAGCCAGGUGUGCCUAUAUUAUACAAAGUGUUUUUCUAAAAUAACCAACAGAUAACAGGCUUAUGCUUCUGUUUUACUUACAGUAUAUCCCAAAAAUUGCAGCUUACUUGUCACUUAUAUUUAUACAAGGCAAUGGGUGACCGUCAGAGUGUAAACACUUCACUGUUAACUGCCAGUAGUUUACUGGAUAAGCAUAAUGUUUCUGGUUUAGUCUCAACUAGGGACUCACUAUUUCAUCAUCCUUUAACCUGCCACUGUGUAAAAUUCUUUUGUAAGUUAUUAAGCAACUGUACUAUCGCAUGUAGUAUAGUUGGCCUGCUUGAUGAGCACUAGCUAGAAAAAUAUAACACAUGAAGCAUGACAGCAGUGAAGAUGUAAGGAGAAGUAAAUGUGAAACAGAGAUGUUCCAGUGAUGACUCCACCUUCACUUUACAUCUCUUCCAGGAGCCAUGCUUCAUUAUAGAGAGAUCUAAUUGAGGCUUUAGUUCAAUCUGUUACAUGUGGAUGGGCUUUAACAAUCAGAUCUGCCUAGCAGUGAAGAGAAAUCUCACAAAUUGCACCCUGAGGGUCCUGUAUCUUGUAAAAUAAACCUGCAGAGUAGCUUUGCACUUGAACCAUUCAUCUGGCUAUUUACAAGGAUAGCCUGUUCAUAAAUAUUCCACCUCUGGAGACAAACUCCCAUUACUUCAGAAAUAUGACAAACCUUCAAAAGGGAAAAAGAGAAUGUUAGAUAACAUUUGUAUUACUGGGAAAAGCGAACAGUUAAAUGAAUGUCAUAAAACAAAGAGACAGUUAAGUAAAUCAGGUCAGCAGAGCAAAAGCGUUCAACAAAUAAUUAUCAGUGGUUCUCAACUUUCGGUCCUCGGGGUCCCCUGUGGCUGCAGAUGUUUGUCCAUACCCAAUUCUUCUCUUAAUUCAACUCCUACCUCAAUUAAGCAAACCAUUAUUACCCAGUUCAUACGUUUUUUAUAACCAUCUGGAAAUUACAAGCUGGUUAUGCUAUAUGUUUGGUGAAUGAAGUAGGACUUUAUAUAUGUUAUAUGGCUAAGAAUUCUUUUUCUUUUUAUAUAUAUGUUUAAUGUUCUGGUUAUUUAGACAAUUAAUUUACUAAUAAGAACACAAGUAAGUAACAUUGAUGUUUUCUCAAUCACAUGCUGAUGUCUGCUCUGCUCAACAUUAAUUGUCUGUAUUCAGAUACAAUUAAGAAAGAAAACUAAUCAGAAAAUGUGAAUAGAGAAAAAAAGUAGACAUUUAAAGAUCCAGAAAAAAUACAAAUAGGUCUUAAUUUCCUUUAACUGUAAAUCGAACAAUACUACACUUUUCUAAAUGCAAAAUAUAAAGAAAAAAUGGGUGAGCAACUGUAAAUAAAUAAUGAGAUCAGUUAAUGCUAACUGACUGAGAAACUGGUUGGAGCAAAUCCUGCAGCCACAAGGAGCUCAGGGAACUGAACACUGAGAACUGGCUUUGGAUUUCCCAAGGCACGGAAUUUUGGGAAAAUUAUUCUUCCAUACAAUAAAUAAUAUAUUUCUGUAUGGACCCUAAUUUGUUAACUCCAAUCUUUUAUGCCAAAAUCAACUUUACAUUUAUAUAACUUAUAGUGUAGUGCUAUGUAUUACUUUUUGUCAUCAAAGGGUGAAAAAUGACACAGCCUUAUUCUAACCCCUGCUUUCACUAAGUGGAUGGCCAAAAGAUAAAACAAUACAAACCAUACAUCCUAAACUGGGAAACAAGCAUUGGGUACAUAACUCUCACAAUUGUUCCAUUAACAGUUGAAAAGCUGGUCAAAUCAGUCAUGUAAUGUUUUUAAAAGAGUGGUGACAUUUAAAAGCAGCUGCAAAACUUUUUGAGGCUAAGGCUCAAGAGAAAGACUUAAAAGGUAAUGAGCACAAAAUUGAAGUCAGUCUGUCCAUUGAAUUGGUGCCUUCUGAGAAAGUAGGACAAAUGAACUUGGAAAGAACAGCUGGCAGACUGAGAUGUGGGGGUGGGCAUUGAAGCAGUUCUCACAAGUUUAGGAACAAAGUGUUCUCAUGUGAAAUGUAGAAAUCUCACAUGCACUUCGAGGUGGCUCAAGGGCACCCUCUGCUGUUCUUAAUAGCAACAGAGUCUGCCAUGAAAGCCUUUCUGACUGACACAAGAUUAUGACUAUUUAUAAAAGGAAACUAUUAAUUUAUUUGAGAAAUAAAAAGAAGAAUAACCCUU